UUACUGAAUCCAUAAAAUAGAAGUCGGGCAGCAGAAACUACAGCAUGGCUCCGACCCGUUUUGACCUUUCCUCAGGUCAGCCGCUGUGUUGGGCCUGGUGUUGACCUCCUGACCAUCCACCACCUCUGCAGACGCACUGCGGUGUAAAAGAGGAACAGUUUUACAGAAUAUCAUCCAGAGUCAGUUUCUGCUCUCCUCUGACAUCCUGCCACUGUCCUGAGGCUCAUAAAUCUUUCCCACAGCUCCUUAAACAGUCCAUCCACCCAGAAGGCCCCACAGGAACGCAGUUUCUGACCGCUGAGUUAAGAGGUGUUUAUAACAGCCGCACCAGCAGGGGGCAGCAGCGGCCGCUCGCUCUGUUUCCGUUGGUAACCUUCCUGGCAACAGGCUGAGCCGACAAUCAACAUCCGCCCGGUGUGCGUCCUCCCGCUGCUCCUCAUCACGUCCAGGUGAAACUAGUGAGAGUUUCUCCUCCGUGACGCCGCAGCUUGAUGUCUGACAUGGAGAACCCGCCGACCGGAGAGCCGCGCUACGUGAAACGGAGGGUGAAAGGAUGCUCUCUGGACGUCCACCCCACUGAGAAGGCUCUGGUGGUCCAGUACGAGGUGGAGGCGACCAUACUGGGAGAACUGGGAGAACCGAUGGUUGAAGAGCGAAAAAGCUGUCAGAAGAUGAUCCGUCUGAAGAGCCUGAACGCCAACACGGACACGGCUUCUCUGGCCCACAAGGUGGUGGAGGAAUGUCAGCUCAUCCAUCCGUCCAAGCUGGCCGAGGUGGAGCAGCUGCUCUUCUACCUGCAGAACCGGAAACAGAGCAGCGACAACCAGGAGAAGAAGAACAUCUCGCCUCGGGACUUCAUGCCGUACAGCGGAGUGGAGCUGGACGAGGAGGCAAGCAUCGGCAGCAUCGACGAGUACGUGGAGCUGCUGUACGAAGACAUCCAGGAGAAGAUCCGCGGCGCCGCAUUCAUCUUCCAGCUGGCCCAAAACGCAGACUACCUGGAGGAGCUGCAGCAGCACGAGGUGGUACUGGGAGCACUGGCCAGAGUGCUGAGAGAGGACUGGAAGCAGAGCGUUGACCUGGCAACCACCAUCGUUUCCGUCUUCUUCUGUUUCUCCAGCUUCUCCCAGUUUCACAGCCUGGUGACCCACUUCAAGAUCGGCGCCCUCUGCAUGAACAUCGUGGAGCACGAGCUGAAGCGCUUCGAGUUGUGGAAGGACGAGCUGCAGAAGAAGAAGAAGGCCGCUGACGAGUUCCCCGACAACCAGAGUCUGAGGAAGGAUCACGACAAGUCGCUGAGGAAGUACCAGAGUCUGCUGGCCAAGCAGGAGCAGCUACUCAAAGUGUCUCUGUAUCUGCUGCUGAAUCUGGCUGAGGACACGCGGACGGAGCUGAAGAUGAGGAACAAAAACAUCGUCCAGAUGCUGGUGAAGCUGCUGGAGCGCGACGACCAGGAGCUGCUGCUGGUGGCCGUGUCCUUCCUCAAGAAGCUCUCCAUCUUCCUGGAGAACAAGAACGACAUGGCCGAGGCGGCCGCCGUGGAGAAGCUGGCCCGCCUGGUUCCCUGCGACCACCAGGAGCUCCAGAGCGCCACCUGUCGGCUGCUGCUCAACCUGUCCUUCGACACGGCGCUGCGCGGCCAGAUGGUCCGGGCCGGCCUCGUUCCCAGGCUCUCCUCUCUGCUGGCUGACGAGGCGCAGAGGCAGCUGGCCAUGUGCGUCCUGUACCACAUCAGCAUGGACGACAGAUUCAAGUCCGUGUUUGCUCACACCGACUGCAUACCGCAGCUGAUGAAGAUGAUGCUGGGCGGUGAAGAGCAGCUGGACGUGGAGCUCGUCUCGCUCUGCAUCAACCUGGCCGCCAACCGGAGCAACGCUCAGCUGUUCUGUGAAGGGAACGGCCUGAAGCUGCUGAUGGGUCGGGCUCUGAAGCUGAAGGACGUUCUGGUGAUGAAGAUGAUCAGGAACCUGUCUCAACAUGGCGGAGACACCAAGAACCUGUUCCUGGACCACGUCGGCGACCUGGCGGCCCAGAUCGGCGAAGACGAGGCCGAAGAGUUUGUGAUCGAGUGCCUGGGAACCCUGGCCAACCUGACCAUCCCGGACCUGGACUGGGAGCUGGUUCUGAGGGAGUACGACCUGGUUCCGUACCUGAAGCGGCGCCUGAAGCCAGGCUCUGCUGAGGACGACCUGAUCCUGGAGGUCGUCGUCCUGAUCGGCACCGUCUCCAUGGACGACUCCUGCGCCGCCAUGUUGGCCAAAUCCGGCAUCAUUCCUGCUCUCAUCGAUCUCCUGAACGCCCAACAGGAGGACGACGAGUUUGUCUGCCAGAUCCUCUACGUUUUCUACCAGAUGGCGUUCCACAAGGCCACCAGAGACGUCAUCAUCAAAGACACGCAGGCUCCGGCGUACUUCGUUGACCUGAUGCAUGACGGCAACGCGGCCAUCCGCAGAGUGUGUGACAACACCCUGGACAUCAUAGCGGAGUACGACGAGGAGUGGGCGAAGAAGAUCCAGACGGCGAAGUUCUGCUACUACAACAGCCAGUGGCUGGAGAUGGUGGAGAACCGGCUGCUGGACGAGCCCUUCCUGUACGGAGACGACGGGGAGUCCUUCAGCGGGAACCGGGACGUGCUGGAGCGGCCGGACCUGUUCUACGCCGCAGACGGGAUUCUCUCCGGAGACGGAUCCAUCAGCCCCAGUUUCUACGCAGACAUCCAGAGCAGCGGAGAGGCUGGAAACCUGAGCAGCAGUUUGGACCAGUUUGUCCCGUCGGCUCCGGUUCCGGCGGACCGACCCGUCAGCAACCGGAGUUUCCGACCCGAUGAGCGGUUCUUCUACAGCUGCACCGCCAACGCUUCCCGGUAAACCCGGAUCCUUCCCUGUGGUCCAGGACUUGGACUAGGCCUUCUGGUUUUACUUUGUGUCUCUGUAACAAACCAGAACCUGGAUGGUUCUGUUUUAAACCUCCUGGAUCAGAGGCUCUGCAGUGGGUCAGGGGUUAAAGGUCAUACAUGUUCAGGGUUUCUAAGUGUUUGGGUCUCAUUUCCCCGAUUGGCCCUUAAGAGGCGCUGUGAUCAGAAUCAUCUAAUCUGAUUCUCCCAUCCCAAAAAUCUGAAAGCCCACAGCACCACCACUCCUCCACCAUGUUGGACUGUGGUUCACCUGGGUCUAGUUAAAGUCCGUUUGUGUGAGUGGUGUUGUUCUGGAGUUGUCCAGCAGGGGGCUCACACUGCCUGAUCAGUCAUUCCUCUGCAGCCAUGUUCACCUGUGUUUCCUCUUUUUAACAACGACCUGAAGCUCAGUGAGUCAAACAACUUAAUCCGUUCAGAUUAAACCGUUUUAAUCCGAACAGAUUAAACCGGUUUAGACAAAAUGAAAACUUUCUCAUCUUGUCCUGUUUCUCCUGUUAAAGAGGAUCUAGAGGUCGGUGUUCUGUGUUUACCUGAGCCGUUACCAUGGCAACUGCAGACAGGCAACUGCAAUGCUCUUGAUGAAAACAAGUAGAAGCAAAGAUCAAUGUUCUGAAUGUUCGGCAGAACCAGAACCGGGCCAAAAGAGAAACUUUUAAAUUUCCACAGGAGAUCAUAAAAUAGUAGAUUUUUAUUUAAACAAAUAGAAAAUAUUUAAUAUUUAAGGAACGAACAGCAGCUGAUGUGUCAGGCAUAAAUAUAUUUAUUACAUGUAUUUCAUGUUAUUAUUCUGGAUUAUUUAAGUUAUUAUUGACAUUUUGACUUAAAAAGGAAAAAAACUCCAGCAGUGAAAAUAAAAACUAUUUUCAUUUUU